CAGUCAGCAGCCAGUUGUCAUUGUUGUGUUGUCAAUUUUGUGUAAUCUCUGUUGUUAUCACAUUGAUAAACUCGCAUAGUAGAAUAAAACAUACAACCUUAUGUUAUUUAUCAGAAACUGAUAAUAAUAUUAAUUUGUUUAUAACAAAUGAAAAUGUUUUCCUAAAAUUAGAAUUUUGUGAACGAACAUGGAACACAACAGCGCUGAUAGUUCUCCUACCUCUCCAUCAAAAAAGUUUCCUGAGAUCACAGACUACCAGUUGGAUCUCCCAGCAUGGAGUGUGAACAGUCUGAAGGCUAUAGCUAUCCAGCAGCGCCUGCCUCGUCCCCGGAGCCUUGCAUGGGCCAUCUUACUGAAUGCCCUGCCUCCCCCAAACAUGGAUAUUGUAUCCAGUCUAAAAUCUCAUAGGAACUACUACAAUGAUUUGAGCGACAAGCUGUCAAUGGACCCAAGGGCAGUCAUUGGAGAUGACCCUCUCUCACAGGAUGAUGAGAGCGUAUGGAAGCAACAUUUCUGUGAUAAUGAGUUGAAAACUCUGAUACUGCAAGAUGUGGUGAGAACGUUUCCUGAAGAGCUGUACUUUAGAGAGAAAGACGUUCAGGACCUGAUGGUCCGCAUCUUAUUCUUCUGGGCACGUUCCCACGCAAACGUGGGUUACAGACAAGGAAUGCACGAGAUCCUAGCACCAGUGCUCUUUGAACUGUACCUAGAUAGGAAAUUUGCCCCUGAUGGAUUAGGGGAUAAGUUAAAAUAUAUACUAAAGGAAGACUGCUUAGAACACGAUAGCUAUAUGCUUUUCAGUGCAAUAAUGAAAGGCUUAGAAAGGUUUUACACGACGGGUGACAUCGUGCCUACAUCGUGUGGAAGAUUACCCACCGCUAAAAUGUCUCAUAAUCCAAACGAAGUGAUAAGAUAUUUGGAUAAAGUGAGAGAAGAAUUUCUAGUGCCUCUCGAUCUAGAAUUAUCUGUACAUCUAGUUGACUGCAAUAUAUCUAUGGAGCUAUUUGGAAUACGAUGGCUACGACUGUUAUUUGGCCGAGAGUUCCCGAGAUCUGAGAUUCCCAAUCUGUGGGGAUUUUUGUUUGCUGACGGACCGAUGUUCCCGAAUCUACACUAUGUCAUCAUCGCCAUGCUAAUCUCUAUGAGAAAUACAUUAUUAGACCCAGAUCCGGGAGUGAUCCUGUCCGCAUUGAUGCGUCCAGUGUGCCUGUGCGUGGGGUACGUGUGUGCGCUGGCCCUGCACCUGCGCGCCCCGCUGGAGUACCCGCGCCCGCCCGUACGGCAGGAAGUCAUCAAUCACACGAACGCGGAAACUGCAGAAACAGAGCCUCGUUCCUGGCGUGAAGUGGAGGCCCGUGCUGGGUCAGAGUCAGGGUCCGAGGGAGUGGCGGAAGGCGCCGACGUGGCGCGCGAGCUGGCCGCGCUGGCACUCGUCCGCGCGCAGCUGCCCGCCGCCGCCGCCGCCCUGGCGCGCGCACUGCCGCGCCCCCCGCCCGCCGUCCAGCAACCGCUGCAGCAGAUACUGCAGCUCGCAGCGUUGCUCCAAUGCCGCAACCACGCCUUAAUAGAUGUGGAAACGGCAUUAGAGGCCGCUGAAGGUCAAACAACAGAGAAGGUAGGUCGUCGUCAACUGGUACCCGUCGCUAUGAUACACAAACAACAGCAGAAACCGAAUAUAAAACCUUUGAACAAAGUGAAAGAGGUCCCAUUAAAGGUGUUUCAUCAGGGGGAGAGUGUCGCUAGUGAUCUCCCAUUCUUGGACCCCCUGCGUUUAAGGACAGAGUGACUAAGAACCAAGAUUAUGUUGUACAGUUAUUAUACCAUUAAUUUUUGAAGGUAAACAGAAUACCGAUUUGUAAGACCAACGACCAAUUUGUAAGAUAGCGCUCGUAAAGUAUUAAUUUGUCCAAUAAAGAAUGACCUAACUAAACCAUUGGACAUGCAAUUUUUGACAGCUACAGUGAUAGGACAAACAUGCCUAAUGCUAUACGAGCGCCAUCUGUUGAACGAAACACCGAGACUCGUUGCCAAGCUUGACUUCAUAUCUUAUGAAUGCAUUCUUGUUUUAAGAAGAGUAUAUGGUGAUAAUGACACGACCUUAAGGCAAUUUCUCUGCUCCUUUCAAGUCGGUUGUUCACUGUUUUAGAAUAAUUUAAUUCAAUUUCUUCUGAAUGGUAUCUUCAUGUAGCUAAAAUGAAUCUUUAAUGUUCAAUACUCGUUUUGUAUAAACAUUUUUUAAUCUUCUCUAUACUAUAAGCUAAACGUGUUUUAAUGUUUGUUAAGUAUAACUAUCUUUAUUAGGUACUUAGACUAUUUCUCUACUAUUGCCGUUACGUCCUUAUUUUUUAAGGAUUUUAAGAUAAUAUAUGCUGGUGCACUCGAAAUAGCUUUUAAUUAUUAUUUAGGUUUCAUUGAUUUAUUGCCAUUGCAAUAACUUCAAAGUGAUUGAAUGUGAAAGUGAGUGACCUUAAACUAUAUUGAUUAGUGGUAAAAAAAAUUUGUCAUGAUUGUAAUGAUAAAUGGUCAGUAACAUUGUAACAUUGUUCUUUCUCGACAAAUGUAUGAGAUUGCAGGUGUUCCCAUGAAAUUUUCUACUCAAUCUAAAUUAUACCUUCCUAAACUCACCGAUUCACCUUUUUAUGAGUUUUUAUUAUGGAAUUUAACUUGCACACAAUUCAUUGUAAAAUACAUUGUGUAUGAAAAGUGACAGGUAAAAACGUUACAGAAAACGGCAUAUUUAUUUAAUUAGUUGAUAAUAUUUAUGUAUAUAUAUGUAUCUCUUAUACCUUUUCUAAAUUUAUUAUUCAAUUACAGAUGUAAUUGUUAUAAUAUUUAUAAGUUUAUAUGUUAUGUAAAAAAUAUCUGCUAUUCUAUCUUCUCUUUCUCCGAAUUAUGUAUAAUUUGAUUAAUAUAAGGCUAGUCAGGUCACAAAAUAGGGUUAAGUUGUAUGUGUGUACAUUUUAGAACAUUUUUUAUUUUAAUUUUCAUUUUGGAACUGGAAAAGGGGUUAUGCAUUUAAAUAUAGAACAAUUUAAUAACUUAAUUAAAUGGUCUUUGGCUAGUAAUAAGAAAAAGUAAGAUUUCGUUUUUACAUAGGAUAUUUUUAUGUAUAUUAAUCUAUUUCUUUUCUUAAUCUGUAGCAAACAGUAUUUCAUGGAUCCAGUAUUUGCUAAUAACUGUUUUUGUAGUUCUUUUUAUAACAACUGUUAAAUGAAGGUGUUAGCGCCGCUAGGCGCUAGUAUAGUUAUUGGCCAAUAGAAUAUUUGGUUAUGUCAAAUCAAGUGAUUGGAUAAUGGCAAUACAUCAUAUGUCUAAAUCGGUUGGGUGGUUUAGAAGAAACGAGGUAAUAAAGAAUAUCACACUCAUACCCAUAUACAUACAAGAUACACGCGAAAAACAAUACCCUUCCUUCAGUCGGGUAAAUAGGACCUAAGGCUCACUAGCGCCAUCUCGUUAUGCGAAAAAUCGAAAACACAUUCAACAAACUAUUAGCUGUGCUAAUUUCUCUUUAUGUUAUGUUAAUUUAUUUUAAAGCAGUUUUAAACAAAACUAUAAUGUUAUUUAAAUUUUAUUUGACGUACAGACAACACAUUAAGCCACCUCAAUUGAAAUGCAAGACGCAUUUCAAUUACAAAAAUAGAGAUGAAAUUGAAAAUCUAUUAGAAAAGUUCAAUAAAUUGUCAGUUUGAUGUGCUUACGUCUAAACAUAAUAGAACAAUUAAUUAUUUUAUUCUUUGGGUAACACACAUAGGUGUCUAGAAAAAUGUUUACCACUAUAUAAAUUAUAUUAUAUGAAUGUAAAUUUUGCGCAUUUAUUGCGGCAUUGCAAGAUUUGGGUAGUUUUUAUUAAUAUCCUAAAAUGUAAUUUACUUAUACUUACGUACUAAGAAAUGUAGAAGUAUUAAGACCGGCAGUUAUAGUCAAUGUUAGAAUACUUGCUUAGACAUUGAACCAACAUUUGCCAAAGACACUAGGACUUAUAUUUGGUCUAAAUGUUUGUCCAAUGAUAUGUCUAAAUGUUUGUACAAUGAAACAAUAAGCAUAGAAUUUAUUUUGUGAUAGUAAAUGCUUCAAUAUAAAAUUUUAUUACAAAUAUUGGCUGUUAUAAGAGUGAUCGUACAAUGGUUAAGUGCAAGAUAAAUGUAUAUUUGCUAUUUAGAUGUAAGCCAAAGAACAAGAUGUUAUUAUACGUAUAAAUGUAUAUUGAUUGAGCCUUUGGAAUUUAUGGAAAGUAAAUAAAAUAUAUUUUUUCGUC